CAUUAGAACCCUGUUUUCUUUUUUUAAAAAGACCGUUAAACACCCAAAGUACAAAAAGAAGCAAUAAAAGUAACAUUUAGAAUUGGUGCUCAUGGAAGUGAGGGCACACGUGCUGUCAGUUGUAGGCCUCGGCCUCUGUUCCAGAACGGGUGCCACACUCAAACAUUGGCACUCAAACAUAGGUCAUAGAAGAGCAGAGUGUUCAGCCUUCAGCCCACAAUGUUGUGCUGGCCUUUUGAUCCACUCCAAGAUCAAUCGAACCCUUCCCUCCUUCCCCUUCAUCUGUCUACCUUAAAUGCCCCUAGUGUAUCAGCCUGUACUGUCACCCCAGCAACACGUUCCACUCUGGUUUCUGAUUUCUGAAACCCAUUCUUCCGCCUUCUCCCUGUAACCCUUAACCCGCUUAACACUCGGGAGUCUAUUAAUCUCUGCCUUAAGUAUGCCAGUGACUUGGCCUCCACAGUUGUCUGGCAAUGAAUUCCACAGAUUCACCUCUCUCCAACUGAUGAUAUUCCUGCUCAUCUCUGUUCUCGAGGGACGUCCCUUUAUUCUGAGGCCAUGCGCUUGGAUCGGAGACUAUCCUACUGAUAGAAACAUCUCCUUGUCCAUUCUGUCUUCCCUUUCAAUAUUCAAUAGGUUUCAAUGAGAUUUCCCCCCAACCCACCCCAUCCUUUUAAGCUCCAGUGAACACAGGCCCAGAGCCAUCAAACACUCCUCGUACGUAAACCCUUUCAUCCCUGGGGUUAUCUCGUGGAUCUCCAGGACCAGCGGGGGGAUGCUGGAGCUUUGGGCUGACGUAAUGGCUGCCAGAAGAGCGUGGUUACUAGGAUCAAAUUGAUUAUUGGUCUAAUAACAAGAAUAAUAGUAAAACAAUUGUCAGGUGUACCAAGAUGCAGUGAGAAACUUCUGGUUCGGUGCUCUCCAGACAGAUUAAUUCAAACUAAGUUUAUUAUCAAGGUACAUAUGUCACCAUGUACAGUCCUGAGAUUCGCUUUCCUGGGGGCAUCCUCAGUAAACCUAUCAAAUAAUAACCAUGGCAGAAUCGAUGAACGACCACCCAGCCUGGGUGUUCAGCCAGAGUGCAGAAGACAACAAACUGUGCAAAUACAAAAAGAAAGAAUAAUAAAUAAACAAUAAUAUCGAGAACAUGAGAUGAAGAACCCUUGAAAAGUGAGUCCACAAGUUGUGGGAGCAAUUCAGUGAUGGGGAAAGUGAAGUUAUUUCCUUUUGGUUGAGAGCCUGAUGGUUGAGGGGUAGUAACUGUUCCUGACCCUAGUGUGGGCCCUGAGGCUCCUGUACCACCCUCCUGAUGGCAGCAGUGAGAAGAGAGCCUGGCCUGGGUGGUGGGGGUCCCGACGAUGGAUGCUGCUUUCCUGUGACAGCGUUUCGUGCUUAAUGGUGGGGCGGGGUUUACCCAUGAUGGAUUCCUUCGAAGUAUCCGUUUCUCUUGGCAGAGAAUGUAGUGCAGCUCGACCAGACGAGGCAGGAUAAUGGGUCAGCACAGACUAGAUGGGCCGAAAGACAUGUUCCUGUGCUGUAGUGCUCUGUGACUUGAUAACUAGGAUGCACGGGUUUUAGUUAAUUGGUGAACUGGUUAAAAUCAGUUUCUUACUGUUGUGUGUAGCGAAGUACAAUGAAAGGCUUUGUCUUCCGUGUAGAUCUUUCCAUUCAUCUGUACUUUAAGGUACUAAAAAGGGGAAAUGAUGCAGAAUAAAGUGUUACACUUCGAGAGAGAGAGAGCAGGGCCACAUCAAGGCAGAUUGCGAGAUCAAAAGUUCCAUCAUUUAAUCUCUGAGCGGUCGGCUGAAGAACCUGCUAUCGUCGGGGUGGAAACUGCCCUGGAGCUUGCUGGCCUCCUACGCAGUUCCUGGCGGAACUCAGCAGCAGAUCAGCCGGCCAGAGGAGGAACUCGAUCGAAUCACCAAGAAACUGGUCCACGACAUGAACAAUCCGCCGUCCGAAGAGUAUUUUGGACGGUGUGCGCGGUGCGGAGAGAACGUGGUGGGCGACGGGACGGGCUGUGUGGCCAUGGACCAGGUGUUUCACGUGGAGUGUUUCACCUGUAUGACCUGCCGCUGCCGUUUGCGAGGGCGGCCGUUCUAUGCCGUGGACAGGAGGUCGUACUGCGAGUCCUGUUACAUUAACACCCUGGAGCAAUGCUCGGUGUGCUCCAAGGCCAUCAUGGACCGGAUCCUGCGGGCGAUGGGCCGGGCAUACCACCCCCAGUGUUUCACCUGCGUGGUCUGUCACCGCUGUCUCGACGGCAUUCCCUUCACCGUGGACGCCACCAGUCAGAUCCACUGCAUCGAGGACUUCCACAUGAAGUUUGCCCCGCGCUGCUCUGUGUGCGCCAAGCCAAUCAUGCCCGAGGCGGGUCAGGAGGAGACGGUGCGGAUCGUGGCCCUGGAUCGCAGCUUUCACGUCAACUGUUACAAGUGUGAGGACUGCGGAUUUGUCCUGUCCUCUGAGGGCGAGGGCUGCGGCUGUUAUCCCCUGGAUGGGCACGUUCUCUGCAAGAGCUGCAGUGCCCGGCGGAUCCAACACCUGUCGGCCAACGUCACCACCGACUGCUGACGGGGAAUGUCCAGAACGCUCGGGGUUCUGCCCCGGGACAUCCCGAGUGCUCCCAGAACACUCCUCCUCCUUGCUGUCCUGGGUCGUCAUAGCCCUCCCUACCUGACCUGUCCUCGGAUGCCGUACUCCCUCGGGGCUCCUGAAACAAUACCCCACCGCACCUGACCCACCCUAAUCUGCCCCCUCCUCCAUAUUUGCCCCACUCAACCCAGCUCAGGACAUUCCACAAGCUCGGGGGGUCCCAAUACAACCCCCUCCUACCCACCUGAACCUGCCCCGGGAUGCCUUGCUCGCCCGGGGCAGUGGGAACAAUGCCCUCUGCUCCCCCCCGACCUGUUCCAGCCAAGCAUGUCCCAACAAACUUAUCCCAGAACAUCCCGUGUACUCUGGGCUCUCGGAACACACCUCUGUCCCACCAGCUGAGCUGAGGCAAUUCCUCACCCCCACCCCCUCCCCAAGAGAAUGCCCAGUCAUUGCCCCUCUGCAGAGGGGUGUUUGCCCCUGCCUCCCACCAGCGCUUCCUUCCCCAACCCUACCAGCUCGUGUCAGAGGUCUGGUGCAUGGGGCUGAGGAAAAGGCUGCAUAUUGGAUACUCCAGACCGUGGACCAUUCCCCCACCCCAGGAAAGGGGGUCUUCAGAUCACUGGACAUGCCUCCACUCUCCCCCCCCCCCCCACC